AUGGAAUCGGCAACUAGCGUAGAGACACAAUCCGCGGUGGUCAAUGGAAAUGCCAUACCCAAAGAAACAGGGGCCCCCUUGAUGGUGCAGAGCCCCGAUCAGCAACAGCGACCUCGAAAACUGUCCUUCGACGAUAGUGACAUGGAGCUGACGAAGCUGAAACUCGGAGCGGCCGUACAUCGCUUUCCAGCUUCGAGGAUACUAACUGCAACCGCUGCAUGUGCCAUAGUUAGUCUGCUCGUACGGUACCUGCUGCCAUUCGAUUCUGGGUCAUUCAAGGCAGCACUCGCCGCACUCGAACGGGGUCGCCAGGCCGUCACGGAUCGGGUCGUGGUGGAUUACAGCCGUGGAUACGCCACCCUGCAAGCCACGAUGAAGGAUGCCUACGAAGGAACCCAGGGCAUCCAAGAUCCCUCGUUGGUGGUGUUUGCCACGGUGUUCGCUGCGGUCGUUACGUGGUUCACCUACUAUGUGGUCUACCUGGACAGUAGCAUCCCCGGCGUCAAUCCGCCAACGCCGUUUUCGGCGAGUAAGAAAAAGAGAUUUUCCGACAAAGAGCGACGAUUCCACCUCGGGUACGUCACGGCACUGCUGAGUGGACUUACUGUUUUCAUGAUAAUCGUGCUGGUCGAUUAACUUCCUAUAUUCUAGUCUUCGUGCGCUCUUGAAAAUCGUAAUUUGUAUCUCGUUUUUUUUGGACAGAGGACAGCCUUAUUCACCACAUUCUUAACAGUAGAUUUAUAGGAACAAUAAUUUUAGAUAAAAGACGCUUUUUGUGUCAGCAGACUAGUAGCAGGCUUAGCUUAUUGGAUGGCUAUUUAUUGCAGUAGGUACUAAAACAGCAGAAUUAGGAAUGCAUUUUCAAGUCCCAUGACGGUUUGCUUCAGAAGAUUGGAAUAAAAAAGUUUAUGGUUUUAGUCUGAAUUUGUAAAUAACUGCAAAUCUUAAGAAUACAUAAGACUAACAUUUUUUACUAUUUACGUUUCAUGUCAAGG